UGUAAACAUAUAUUGCCAUUAUUGGAUGGUCAGCUUACUGUAUAUAAGUCUUUCUCAGCAUCUACACUCAGGCUGACACUGAGAAGAAGAAGAAGAUAAUCCUCCAGCAGGUAAUCAUCAACUUUUAAAUCAGCAUCACCUCCACCAUGAAGACGCUGAUUCUGUCUGCACUUCUUUGUGCCGUGAUCACACUGACCAGAGCUGCUGCUCUUUCAGAGGCAAAGGAUGAAGGUGGGGAAGUGGCAAUAAUUCAAGAAGAAUCUACAGAAGCUGAGAAGGAAGAAGGUAAUUCUGCAGCUACAAGCUUCGCGCUUCCUUUUCCUGGACUGACAGUUAUCAUCAUCUCCGGCUUCAUCUCCACCAUGAAGAUGUUGACUGUGUCUGCACUUGUUUGUGCCAUGAUGGUUCUGACUAGAGCUGCUGCUCUUCCAGAGGCAGCACCUGAAAAUGGCCAGCCAGCAAAGAGUCACCUGGUCAAGAGUUCGACAGCUUGUUCUGGUCGCUGGUCUGAGUUCAGCGGUCGCUGUUUCCACUACGUUCCAAAACCCAUGACUUGGGCCAAAGCUGAGAAAAACUGUGAGUCCAUGGGUGGAAACCUUGCGUCCGUUCACAACCUGCUGGAGUACCACGAGAUUCAGAGGCUGAUCAUGAGCGCAAGUUAUGAUUACACAGUAACGUGGAUUGGAGGCUCGGAUGCACAAGAGGAGGGUGUGUGGUUGUGGAGUGAUGGUACACCCUUCAACUAUCGGUCUUAUGGAAGGUUUAACAACUUUCAGGGCAAGCAGCACUGUCUACAGAUAAAUUAUGGAGAUGAUAAGCGCUGGGAUGACACCUGGUGUAACGUUCGCCGCCCAUCAGUUUGUGCCAAAAAGCCCUGA